CUAGUUUUCAAAUUGUGCGACCUGCGUUUAAAAUCAAGAGAGAUCUGAACAAUUUCUUUUGGUUUUACAUCCUUAUUGUAGCAAGGUAACAUAAUUUGAAACAGCUAUUAUCUAAUUUUUGUGAGCAAGAGUACUUCCAGAAAAAUGGCUUCAUCUUCAUCAAAUUCAUUUUCUGCUGCCGAAAAAGAACUCAAAGCACCGCCAUUGGCCAAUUGCAAGAGAGGAAGAGGCGUCAUACUUCGCGGAGAGAGGUUUUGUUGCGAGAUGAUACGUAUUCAGGUUCUGGGACUAGGACUUCAGUCGUCGAUUAGACUGGGUCUCUUGAAGAAAAGUCAUAGCUGCAUCAGCACGAAACAUCUGUAGCCUUCUAAUUUAAUAUACAAUGCAAAGCUGAAAUUCUUGAUCAUGUUAAUUGGAAUGUCGAGGAAAUUCAUCUGGGAUUAAGUGCAAUGAAGCCUCCAUCGCCCUAAGCUUUUUCUCACACAGGACACCAAUAGCCACACCGAAUUUGCUUGUAAUCUGAACGUGGAAAUUCAGCAGACAAGAAUUCAUGUUGAACACGGUGUGACUGUUUGCUUUUAGUGACGUGUUGUUACCGACAGGCAUUGGAUUCCCCGUACCACACUUUCUCAGAAACCAAGGAUGAGAAGAGUAAAACAUUGUUCACACA